AUGAGCACCGCUGGUGCCAACAUCGAGACCUGUGGAGGCACCUUUGUGCAGAUGCAGAACGUGGGAGACCCCGAAGCGGAGCAGGUGCAAAGCUUCUCCGUCAGCGCAUUUGGGGCCUGCAUAUCUCCAGCCAUCUUGACGGAAGACACAGCAGAUGACACUCAUCUGGGGUGCACCAUGUUCGUCAAGGCCAUCCUGCCUGCAGACCGCGUGCAGACGCUGAUGAAAUUGUUGCAGACAGAGGGCCCCGCCCAAGUCUACACCGCCAGUCUCAGCUCUGCCGAGCCAAAGACCACAUCGCUAGAACAUUGCCUCUCGGAGCUCGGCAGCCCGCAGCAGAACGGGACCUUGCAUUUGCCUGGCACCCAUUGGCCUUGCACUGACUGA